AUGGUAAUAAUAAUUGGAAAAACAGCAAACAAAAAAAAAAUAGGGAAAUGGUGUUUUUUUUUUCAGGCUACCCAGGUUACCCCAAAGCAAUCGCAGAACAAACUAGCUGAAAAUGGUUCAAAAACUAAAACAAUGAUAGACACAGUUAUAGAGGAGGUGUCAGAUAAUGAAAGACGUGGAAUGAAAGUAAUUAACUAGUUGAUUAAUUAAUAAAAAUGUCAAUAUUUUCAGCCAUUUUUAUAUGAACUUUCUCGUGUUUUGGGUUCCUUGGCAGCAGUUUUAGCUGAAAUAGCAGCUAUGUUAUUUAUCGUGAGUUUUUUCUCUUUUCUCAUUUUGCAAAUUCAAUUUUUUUCGAAUUUCAGGCUUUUGUAAGCACUCUUGCUCAAAUGUAUCAAGCUUAUCAAUCACUUCAAUAUUGGAAAUCUUAUGUGCAAUAA